ACCGGCUUGUAUUUACGGUUUUCUCCCCUUCCUUUUCGCCUGUGACUGGAAAACGCAUUAAUGAAAAAAUCUGUGGGAAGAGACGGAAAUUCAGUGAGUCAGGCUUAAAGCUGCUCCAGCCAAGAGAAGACAAAAUAAUAUCGCAAAAGCUCUGUUAAACUAAACUGUGGGAUGACACACGGCGCUGGGGUGCGAGGCAAGGGCUUGGACAAACAAGAGCUGCCAGAGGUAGCUAUUGUUCUGCCCCUUCUUAUCUAAAUGGAGCAAAUAUCCUGUAUGUAAAAUAUAUAUAUUUUUUCAUCGAGAAGGCAGGACCAGCGGAGAGACGAAAGUUUCCUCCUCGAGUGACUUCACUUCCCAAAAUUAGCAGAAAAAAACGGUUCAUCCGGUUAACUGUCUCUUUUUCGCUCUGCUGCAACAACCAAAGUUAAAAAAAGAGAGAGACGGGGAGGGAGGGAGAGGAGGAGAGGGGAGAGACGCAGACCCGCUGCAGGGGCAGGGAGGAAAGCGAAGGGACAGAGAAGGAUCACACAACUUCAGGAGGCUUCGGUUGCAGGCUAAACCGGGUCAAUGUGUGGAAUAUUGCUGGUCCCGGCUGGAAGUUAUUCUAGAUGGACGGCACUAUUAAGGAGGCUCUGUCGGUGGUGAGCGACGACCAGUCCCUCUUUGACUCCACGUACGGCGCUGCCACUCACCUCCCCAAGGCAGACAUGACAGCCUCAGGGAACCCUGACUAUGGCCAGCCACACAAAAUCAACCCUCUGCCUCCCCAGCAGGAGUGGAUUAAUCAGCCCGUCCGGGUCAAUGUAAAAAGGGAAUAUGACCACAUGAAUGGAUCGAGGGAGUCCCCUGUAGACUGUAGUGUGAACAAAUGCAGCAAGCUCGUCGCAGCAGGGACAGAGUCCAACCCCAUGACUUACAGCACCUACAUGGAUGAGAAGAACGGGCCUCCUCCCAACAUGACCACCAACGAGAGGAGAGUCAUUGUCCCAGCAGAUCCCACCCUAUGGACCCAGGAUCAUGUGCGCCAGUGGCUGGAAUGGGCUAUAAAGGAAUAUGGAUUAAUGGAGAUUGACACCACCAUCUUCCAGAAUAUGGAUGGCAAGGAGCUCUGCAAAAUGAACAAGGAUGACUUCCUCCGAACCACCUCCCUCUACAACACAGAAGUUCUGUUGUCUCACCUCAGUUACCUCAGGGAAAGUAGCUCACUGCUGGUCUACAAUACUCCAUCCCACACAGAAGCUUCCUCACGUCUUGCCACCAAAGAAGGCCCUCCUGUUGCAGGGACACAAAAUGUGAAUAAGACAACAGAACAGCAGCGGCCCCAGCCAGAUCCCUAUCAAAUCCUGGGGCCCACCAGUAGCCGUCUUGCCAAUCCAGGGAGCGGGCAGAUCCAACUGUGGCAGUUCCUUCUGGAGUUGCUCUCGGACAGUUCCAACGCCAGCUGUAUCACGUGGGAAGGGACCAAUGGGGAAUUCAAGAUGACGGACCCUGAUGAAGUGGCACGGCGCUGGGGAGAACGCAAAAGCAAGCCCAACAUGAAUUACGACAAGCUGAGCCGAGCCCUCCGAUACUACUAUGAUAAGAACAUUAUGACCAAAGUGCAUGGCAAAAGGUAUGCUUACAAAUUUGACUUUCAUGGCAUUGCCCAGGCUCUUCAGCCUCAUCCCACCGAAUCAUCGAUGUACAAGUAUCCAUCAGAUCUCUCCUACAUGCCGUCUUACCAUGCCCAUCAGCAGAAGGUGAACUUUGUACCCCCGCACCCCUCUUCUAUGCCUGUCACAUCAUCCAGUUUCUUUGGAGCAGCCUCACCUUAUUGGACCUCCCCUGCAGGAAGCAUUUACCCAAACCCCAAUGUCCCUCGCCAUCCCAACGCCCAUGUAUCACCACACUUGGGCAGCUAUUACUAGAUGCUUUUAUCUUCAAGUGGCCUUUAUCAGUCUGGUUGAACUUUUUCUUUACUUCUGGGAUUUUUAUGGUUUUUUGGGGAACCCUUAAUGGAUAAUUGUGGCCUUUCUGGGGAAGAAUUAAAACUGGAUAUUGGUUAUUCCUGGACCAAACCUUUUACUUUUGUAACUUUGCCUCUUGUGUCUUGAACUGAGAGAUGGAUGCUUCUUUGGGCCAGUACUCUGCAUUUUCUUUGGUUUUUAACGCUUAUGUCCUCUGUAGGAAUUGACUAUGAAGAUUGUUUGCCAUUAUCUGGAACGAUUAUUAGCUUUUUGAUGUGAGAAGUUUUUCAGGAUUCAAAGGCUUUUGACGAGACAUAGAUCCAAGUGUGGGUCGUAGGAAAAGAUGACUACAUGGGGGUAUUUCUCGCUGUGGAGAGGGUAGGACACUUGACCAUUCAGUGGAGGACAUUGGGCUGCAGGGACCGCAACUGGAAUCUUAGCUUUAAGGCAGAUGAGGAUGUUCACCCAACUGGAAAUUAGAUAUAUAUAUAUAUUCAUAUAUAUAUAUGUACAUGUAUAUUUUAAGAAGUAAAGGGCAUUGAAGGAACUUUUCUAGAGUGUACAACUUCAUUAGACUGUGUAUUAACUCCAGAAACAGCAGCAACCAGAACAAAAAGUAACCUAAUGUCAAGCACAGACAUUCCUUGAAAGCAAAAGUGAAGGAAAAGAAAUGACAGCAGGCCCCUGAGCUCUGCCAGAGCCUUAGGGAUCGCUACAAGCUACCGAUUCGCGAACGCUGUGCGUUUGUCAGACCGUCAUCCAAAGGGUCAACAAAUCAGAAGGCAAAUUACUGUAUAAAUUAUGCAGAGUUAUUUUUUUUUUCCCUAUAUCUCACAGUUCUAAAAGAAAGAGUAAAUAAAACGAGUUGACCUCGGUCACAAAUGCAGGUUUGUUUGUUUUUUUUUACUAUCAGCUCAGUUGUUUGUGGGUUGGUUUUGUUUUUGUUUUAAUGUAAUUUGUACAUCUUUUCAAUCUGUACAUUUGGGCUGGAGCUUUGUACUUUUUGCUAAAAAAAAAAAAGAAAAGAAAAGAAAAAAUAAGACAGGAGUAAUGUAUCUGUUGGAGAGAGCCUUGGUCCUGCAAUUGGAUCCAUAAUGACCCCCAAAGUAGCCAGAAACCUUCCAGAUUUCCCUGGGUUUGUCUAGAUGAGAGUUUGUUCUUGCAUUUUCCUGUCUGCAAAUUAACUCCGCUUAGUUUGCAUUGAAGCUGAUUGAAAACAUGUACCAGCAUUUUAAAGCAACUGUAGUUUGGAUGAUUUUUCACCAAAAUCUUGAACUUUGGCAAGAUCUUAACCACUUCAUCGAUAAAAUUAUCCGAAAUUUCUCCUAACAUCUUUUGGAAAACUCUCACCAGGGCUUUUCAUUUCCAGUUUAAACAUUCGAAACCUCUCAGCCAUCUCUAAUUUUGCACAUGUUAAUUUGAUGAUCCACAAACAGCCAUAAAGAGAAGGGUAAACCACAAGCAUUUGUGUUUUAGAACAGAUGUCUAUGGGGGGGGGCGAGACUUCCAUGUACAACCUAUUAGCUCACUUGUAUUAACUGGCAACCAAUUAACAGGAUCACAAAUAUCUAGUCUAGACAUAACCUCUGGGACUCUGUGUGGGUGCAAGAUUUGGUCCAUGUGCAUCCGAUUGCAGGAUGAGAGCCUCAAACCAGAACGUUAUAGUCUGCUCACAACUUUUAAACAGAAGCACUGAUGCCAUUAUUUAACAGAAUGGAAAAAUCAGAUCGAGCUAAUCAGUUUAGGUCUUAGUGCUUUCGGGGUGUUUAUAAGUAACAUUACUGCAAUAAUCGCAAAAUUUAAGUAUGAAGAAAUCACCCAUGGAAGUGGGGCUUUUGCUACUAUAUAUAUGCAAUGUACUUUUUGGAUAUUAAAAUAUAUAUAAUUUUGCAAGCUAUCUUGGUGUUUUUUUAAAAAUACUGUGUUAAGUGUUACAAUGAAACUGUUGUAUGAGGAGGAUGAUGUAAAAAAAAGGUGACAAAAUAAAUGGUGGUUUUCUUC